AUGUCAGAGGAAGAAGGCUGCCGUUCACCCAUCGGUCUGGAUUGCUGCAGCUGCUGUUUGGACUUAGCUAACAAGAGUGAGAUGGAUGAAGGCAGCGGACAGAAUAACAACCUUGGCAGUCCAACCGUAAGCAAUUUUCGCCAGCUACGGAAGAAGUUGGUCUUCGAGAACUUCAACACUGAUAAGCUCAACACCAUCAUGAGGCAGGACUCUCUAGAACCUGUAGUGAGGGACCCCUGCUAUCUCCUGAAUGAGGGCAUCUGCAACAGCAACAUCGACCAGACCUUGCUAUCCAUCCUCUUGUUCUUCCACAGUGCAUCAGGGGCAAGCGUGGUUGCAAUAGAUAACAAGAUUGAACAAGCCAUGGAUUUGGUAAAGAAUCAUCUUAUGUAUGCAGUGCGAGAAGAGGUGGAAGUCCUUAAAGAGCAAAUCAAAGAGCUGGUGGAGAAGAAUUCUCAGCUUGAGAAGGAGAACUGUCUAUUAAAGAAUCUUGCCAGCCCAGAGCAAAUGAAGACGUUUCAGUCCCGACUUCCAUCUGAUGAAACAACAGGAAUGUCAACCCUAGAUUUUCUGCAUUCAUCCCAACCACGCUCAGUAGGAUCUGUAGUUUAAGUGGCUCUGUCUUUGGAGUGGGCAGAGCCACUGAACUUUUCCUACUCAUCUUCCUCAAUAAAUGAGAAAAAAAUGUAAUUUUUUUCCCCCCUCUUUAAAGUGUCACCUUGGCCUGGAGGGUCGUUGACUAGCCUAAACUGGCACCAUGAGAUGUACCAGGGCUAGAGCAUGCUUCCUCACAAGUCUUUUCUUUAAGUGAAGAGUGAGAGAAGCUAUUCAAGUUCUCUUCAAGAAGAGUACCGGUCAGAGAGAACUUGUGCGCUAUGGAAUAUGCCAUUCUUGGUGUCAGGCUUUUAAUGCAAAGCCAAGAUAAUAGCAGCAGUUGUUGAUGGAGGCCAUAGACCGCUUUAGAAAGAGAUCGCUAACCAUGGAGUAUAAAUUUGGCCAGAGGGGCUUCAUCAUAAACUCUUCCAAUGCAGAAAGUGAGGAUGAUGACCGCCGGGACAGAGACUGGUGAAGAAUACGUUCCUCCAUUCGGUUGCAGAACAAAGCAGAGUUUGAUAUGCACCUCAACACUUUGAUAUGGAAAUCUGUGUUUAGUUGGCUAACAAUUGCCCUCGUAAGUGCUAGUGGAGGCUUCUUAAAAUCCCCACACAUCACAGGGCUGUUUAGCAUAAAUGUAUACAGACAAUAUGUAGUGUUGGUUAAGCGGUUGUUGUAAAGUCUCACUGAAGACUUGGAGUAUGCUACAUUUAAUAUGUAUGGACACUAUCUUUUAUCUAUGUUUCUUUUUAUCUUUUUUAUACAUGUCUAUAUUAGAUAUUUAUAUGUCCUUCUGGUUUUCAUCUGUUUUCUUGCCAGAGCACAUUGGCUUACAAAGGGCCUCCUGUAAAAGUUCACACGCGACACUUUAAAAUCCGGGAAAACUAAAGACUAUGGACUUUUUUUAUACUGCAAUAUUAAUGCCUUUAGGACUAAUACUUCUGACGAUAACCUUACAUGGCUCGAUGGAAUCAGUAUCUUUUGCUGUUUAAUGUUACUGUCAAAGAUAUCAACAAUGUACAUAACUCAGUGGAUCCUGCAAUAAAACCUUUUUAUACAUAUAA